GUGACAGGUAAUGCGGAAGUGGGUGUCAGAGGAUCAUGGGAAGUCACUCAGUUCUUGCUGCUAGUAGUUUUGAUCGUCCUAAACUUUUUAACGCUUUUUACCAUGACUCAUUGUCAAUUUGUCGUUUUGUUUUUAAACCUGCUCCUGAUUCUCCGUGUUGUGGCUCAUUUUCAACAGCAGUGGCCUGUUCCAUACAGACGGUUUGACUACCGUCCAGACACUGACUCCUACUGUGAAGCACUGUAUCCCUUCUGUCCCACUGGGGACAGAGAUGGACGAAUACCCUACAUGAGAGACUCUGAUGUAAUCUCCGUUUACAGACUGCAAACACCUGUGUGGGAGUUCAAGUAUGGAGAUUUGUUGGGAAAAUUUCACAUCAUGCAUGAUGCCAUUGGCUUCAGCAGCUCAGAGACAGGGACCAACUACACCAUGGAGUGGUACGAGCUCUUUCAGUUGGGGAACUGCACGUUCCCUCACCUCAGACCUGAGGUGUCUGCACCUUUUUGGUGCAACCAGGGGGCAGCCUGUUUCUUUGAAGGCAUCGAUGAUUUGCACUGGUCACAGAAUGGAACACUGGAGAAAAUAGGAGAAAUAACCGGAAACCAGUUCAACAACAUGGCCCAGUGGGUCCAGGACGACAACCAGACUGGGAUUUACUAUGAGACCUGGACAGUUUGCUCUGACCCGGGGCCUAAUGCAACUGUGUGGUUUGAGUCUUAUGAUUGCUCCCAGUUUGUCCACCGUACCUACAGGAAACUGACGGAGCUCGGAGCCAAACUGUCCAGCCGAUCGCAAACCAACUACACCAAGAUCUACCUGUACAGUGGGGAACCCACUUACCUCGGCAACGACAGUGCCAUCUUUGGUCAACCGGCACUGAAGAACCUUGCCACAGACAUCCGUACAUUUUACCACACGUUCAGGCCACACCAGUCGUUUACUGACUUAGCCGUCAGUUUGUUGGAGGUUUAUAAAAAAGUUGUGUUGGACAAAAGUUUUUACCUUUACUACAACUUUGAGUAUUGGUUUCUACCAAUGAAACCUCCCUACAUACGCAUCAUAUAUGAAGAGGUUCCUUUACCUAAACAUUCACCUUCACUUUUCCCUUAAGAAUCAUCUUUACUUUGUGAUAAAAUACAACUACUAAAUAUUUUUUUUAUAUUUGAUGUUUAUUGAGCUGAAGUAUUUGAUAUGUUUAUUGGUAAAAGAUUUCUGAGAUUAUCUGUAUGCUUUAUCCAUCUUGUUAAAAGUUAGUUUUCAAGUGUUUUUCAAAUGUUUUUGUUAGAAAAAAAACGUCCAUUGCUUGUGGACACAAAGAUUUACAAACAUAAAUUUUGCAUUAAAAGAGAUGAAACAACAGCGGAGAGUACAGCUUCAAUUUUUAUUUUGGUAGAAGACGACAAAUCCAAAAUAAUACCUUUAAAUUUUAAGACAAGUGACCAGUAAAUCAAAAUGGACAGACUUUUACAAAGGAAUAGAAGCAAAGAUUCUAUUUUAUUUAUUUUAAAAUAAAUUCAGGAUGAUUAUUAAUUCAUCUCUUACUCUGUAUUAAUGGUCAAUAUUUUUAGCAGCUACUUCAACAGAAGCCAAUAAAGAUAAAGAAUGUUUCUUUGCCAAAGUCUUCAGUUUGGAGCUGCUUCCAUUGCCAUGUUCAAACUAUGAAACACAGGCAGAUGAGUGACUGUAGCUUCAAGAUGCUAAUGUACAUGAACAUUAACUCUCAGGCAGAGAUCAGCUUCUAAUUAUACUGUUCAAUUACUUUGUUUGUUCACAAUACAUCUGUAAAGACCACUCUCACUUUUCUCCAUCAGUGCCAGGCUUCAUGAAAUGUCUACAGCAAAAAAAAACCCAUCAACUAAAACUUCAGCCUGACAAAGGAUUUUUU